ACAUUUUAGCCAACACUAUUAUUCUGUAUGAUAAAAGGAAGUAUAAUUGCGCACCUAACAAAGCAAGGUACUCGUGUAGACGCGAGCAGGACUGAGUCACGUGACCACUUAAACACUUUGUGAUAACAACACGGACACCGAGCGCUCAACAGUAAUGGUUCAGGGAGGUGACCUUCCGUGCAAGUCGGGAAUUGUGGUACAUUUCUUAUCAUAUCAGUUGUUGAGCAGCCGGGUCAUCGAGUGCGCGUGUACUUGCAGGCCAUGCUACGUGAAUAUAGCGCUGGAAAUAACUCAGAGCUUCUUGAAAAUGACAGCUGUAGAAUAAUCUAUAGAAAUAAAGAAAUGAGCGCACCUCCGGAGACCAACGGAGAGGCAGCUCGGCACGCUGAAAUGCCUCUGGAAACGUUAAAGAAAAAUAUCCAGGCUCUCCAGGCGAGCGCGCUGGAGCAACUGGAGGCGUCGCUGUCGCGGGUCACCGGCCAGUUCCUGGCCGACGUGGGGAGGGCGGGGCUGCCCGCCCACGACAGCUACCACAGUCACGACAGCCAUGACAGCCCCAAGUACAGGAACAGGGUCAAGGGGGGCGGGCCGGCGUCGGAGAAGCACUUCGCCCCCAGGAGCUCGCUGCUCACGGACCUGUUCGAGGUGAAGCACGUGCGCACCAUCUACAACAUCUUCUGCGCGGUGCUCAUCGCCGUGCUGGUGCACACGGCCGCCCGCGAGCUGGUCGCCACCGGCACGGUGAACCUGGAGUUUGAGCUGAUCAGCUGGAACUUCUCGAAGCUGGACAAGGGGGCGUGUAUCUGGUCCGCCAUGACGCUGGCCUCCAUGGCUGUGUACCCGGGCUUCAGGGCGUGGGCUGGCCGGCGGGCGUCUCUACCCCCCGGUUCGGCGGCGCAGAAGUGCUGGGACCACGGCUGGCUGGUGGUGUUCCUGCUGUACGUGGCACUGUUCGUGUGGUUGUCCGUGCGCUUCCUGCUGCUCUGGGAGCUGCGCCCCGCCCUCAGCUUCGUGGUCCUCACGGAGCAGGUGCGGAUGCUGAUGAAGAUGUACGCGUUCGUGCGAGGCAACGCGCCGCGCGCGCUGGCGUUCAAGCCCCACGCGGAUCCCGACGCCUCCCCCUGCCCGCCCUUCUCCUGCUACCUGUACUUCCUGUUCGCCCCGACGCUCGUCUACCGUGACAGCUACCCCAGGACGGAAAGCACGGACUGGCGCAAGGUGGCACGCCACCUGCUCGACAUGCUCGGCGUGGUGUUCUACGUCUGGUUCAUCUUCAAGCACUGCUUCGUGCCCACGUUCGGGCGGUUCGGGCGCCGGCCGGUGUCGGCGGAGACGCUGCUGGUGUGGGCCUUCGGCGCGAUGGUGCCCGCCACCGUGGUCUUCCUGUGCGGCUUCUACUGCCUGCUGCACUGCUGGCUCAACGCCGCGGCGGAGGCCCUGCGCUUCGCCGACCGCAUGUUCUACAAGGACUGGUGGAACUGCACCUCGUACGCGGACUACUUCCGCACGUGGAACAUCGUGGUGCACGACUGGCUGCACACGUACCUGUACCGGGACCUGCGUGCGCUCCUAGGGGCGCGGGGCGGCGCGCUGCCCACGGUGGGCGUGUUCCUGGUGUCCGCGCUCGUGCACGAGUACAUCCUGGCGCUCACCUUCCGCUUCCUCUGCCCCGCGCUGCUGCUCGCCUUCGCCGGCUUCGGCACGGGCAUGGUGUUCAUGCCGAGAGACGUGGCAGGCGGGGGAAACCUGCUGGUCUGGCUGAUGAUGUUCUCUGGCAACGGCAUCAUCGUCACCGCCUACUGCAUCGAGUGGUACGCCCGCAUCAACUGCAAGCGGACUUUGGACACUGCGUGGGACUAUGUGGUGCCGCGCGCCUGGGCGUGUGAACCUCUGAGCAGCGCGGCGUGAGUUCCCGUGCGCGGGACGCUUGUCUGUCGACACUCAUCACUACGCCAAAGCACAGGGGAAGACACGUGGCCUGUUCCCGGAAAGAAAAUUAAAUUUUUUUUUCUAACCGGACAUUCACACUUUUUUACUGCCAGAGAAAAUCAUAGCCAUUUUGUGGAGAGAUGUUCAUUUUCUUGAAAAAGUGUGUGUGAAUAAUUAAGUAACGUAGUCCUUGUUCCAUUAGGUUAAUGUGUCUGAAGUUCUCUUUAGAUUUUUAUAUAUUAUAUAAAAUAAUAUUUUUUAUAAGCUGUGUCACUCAAUAUAAAUGUUAUAGUCCUAUAAAGGUACGUUCACUUCUGAAAAUCGUUUUUUGAAUCAUCAAGCUUCAUUUCAUUUGAUAGAUAAGUUUAAUGAAGGCCGGCUUUGUUACACAAAAACAAUAAUGAGCUUAAUAGCUAAAUUUGAGUAUUCCUAGUAUAAAUUACAUUUUGACAUUAUCCAAGAUGAUCUACAAAAAGAAAAUUAACUGUUUUAACAACCCCCACUCAAAUAACCACAGCUUUAUGAAAUGGUCUUGGCCCGUGUUUUAAGACAUAUUUUGUUAGUGAAGUUUGCCCCAACUGGGAUUUAAUGUUUAUUUUUGAGAAUGUAGCUCUGUAAUGACUGGCCAUAUACGAGAGUAUCAUCUCUAAAUGAUAUUAUAAUGACAUACUGUGAUUUUGUGGUAAUUGUUCCUUAUCAAGAAAGGUAGAAAAUUUAAUGUUUGUAAUUAUAGGCCUAUAUUAAUUUUAAACACAUUUGCUAAAGUGUUUGAUAAAAAUUAUUUACAUAUAUCUUGAAUUCAGUGUCAAAAAAAAAUUUCUAACGGUCAACAUGGCUUUCGAAGUGGCCAAACUACCAUUACUAAUUUGCUAACUUUUCUAAAUCCUAUUUAUGCUAAAGAUAUUUCUCGUAGUCAGGUGGAUUCUUGUUACUAUUUUGAUCUGGCAAAAGUAUUUUGAUACUGUUAACUACAACAUAUUACUUUGUAAACUAUCCAACUUCGGGUUAACUGAUAAAUAUCUAAUCUGGUUUUCUAGUAACUUAAAGAAUGGAAAGUUUUAUUUCAAUUAACUAUUUUAUUUCAGAUUUAUUUUUUGCUUGCUCAGGUGAACCUCAAGAUGGAACUCUUGUCUCCCUUUCUACUUACAGGAAAGCUUCACUAUAAAGAACAUGAAGGGACCAAAAAAUAGUUAAGUUUGUUAUACUGAAGUUCUUUAUACUGAAACAUAAGCAUUGUUAUAAAUAUGUACUAUAUCGAUAAACACAUGAAACACCUUAAGUGUUUUAAGGUUCAGUAUCUCAGUCAUUAGUCUAUGGCCGCUUGAAGAACCUGUUCACAUACUCUCUGCUGAUGCUUUGUCUAUGGUCAGGAGACACAUUGUAGGCAGAGCUGCCAACCUCAAAUCACACCCAUCAGUAAUGACAAUUAUAUUAAAAAAGUACGCGUAAAUCAUGCACAAUAAAUUUUUCCUGAGGAAUUAUGACACACACAAGAGAAAACAAAGGACAAUAAUAUGCAAAAAAAAUUAAAAAUGUAGGCCUAUGUAUAUGAAUACAAUGAAAAUUAAUGAAUCGAAGAAAAAAACUAUUUGAACAAUACAAUCAUCUGAAUAUGUAAGAAAUGUCAUUAAUUUUACAGGAAAUUUUCAACCUUCAAUUCAAAGUAUUCAAAGUUAUACUUUUGAACAAUUAUAUUUUUAUUUGCUUCUUUUAUCCUGGUUGGAUAAGAACUGUCUUAUAAACAAACAACAGAAGACAAACAAAAGAACUUGAAAACAAUAACUCUGCGUUCGUUACUUUCGUUUUUUCAGAUGUAGCGAAAAAACUACGAUAUGGAUUUAUUGCUCGUCAUAACUAUAAAAUGUUCCGCCUGUUUCUUUAAUUCAAUGUGCCCUCUACAGUCAUCCCUUCCACCAUGUGCAAUCGAAAAGUCAAACGUGCAUACAUUACAAAACGCGUGGUGUUCCAAAACAUUUGAAGACAAGCAUGGCCAUUCUUUUGAAUAGUUAGGUCUUAGGUCGAAAGUUUUGAAGAAUUGCGUUCUUUUUUUUAUCCCCCAGAUACACGCUUCAUUUCUACAACCGGCCGGUAGCCUACAACUCACGUAGUUUCGGUUUCCUACCACGUUCGUGCAACUUUGGAUUUCACUCAAAAAUUGAAAUUAAAAAAAUCGAAGGGUUGGGUUAGGUUAGUCACAACAUGCUUGUUUUCAUUGAUUUAGCGGCUGAAGUGGCGUUAAUACCGAAACGCAAAACUUCGGAAAUCUUCGGAAAUUCUUGCAGGGAACCGAAACUACGUGAGUUGUAGGCUUCCCACAACCGGCACUGAAGAACACAACACUAUUGAAAAAAGGAAAAAAAUUUCACGUCUGUAGACACGACAAAAACAAUAUGGUGAAAAAAAUGAAUUUCAAGAAAUAAAUUAAAACAGCACAGGUUAGCCAAAGUACCGUACAAAAAUUAUCGUGAUGUAAGUAGCCAACAAACGAAAAGUCCGAGAAUAUGUACUAUUUGUAUCGUACAACGGACGUAAUACCAUCCCAUUAUUAUUUCAAAACACGAGAAUUAAUCUACUCAUGUCGACAGUACAUGCGCACACAUACUAGUUCCGUUAUUGUUUUUGUUUACGUACACGCUGUUACGUUUGAAUAAGAAAAUUAAAAAUAAAGUACAAGUUUUUGGAUGGUAAUUUUUUUCAAAAUUUGCCUCAAGGUUGUUCGUUCAAGUGAAUAUUUUUGUUUCAGGAAGAAACGGACCGUCGUAAAAUUCGUUAAGAUGAAAUAAAAUUCAAGGUUAUUAUAUACGUUUUUGGCGGGACCAAACAAUGAGUUCGGUUAAGUGAAGUGUUCGUUUAACUGAAGUUCGUUGUACUGGUGCUUUCCUGUAUUAUUUUCAUUAAUGCUGUCACUAAUGAACUCGGCCGUUCUUCAGAUGUUCUAUUUGCAGAUGACCUCAAAAUUUCUAACUCUAUUACCUCUGUUAGUGACUGUCACUUACUGUAGAGAGUCAUAAAUUCAAUUGUCAGAUGAUAUAAUGCUAAUUUAUUGGAACUCAACUACAAUAAGCUAACUACCAUAACUUACACUAGAAAAUACCAUCCUAUUAUUUUAAAUUACAAAAAGUUAAAUUAAACUAUAAAGAAAGAUAAUGUUAUUAGAGAUUUUGGGAUUUUGAUAGACUGUAAAUUACUAUUUCAUUAUCAUAUUCAAAAUUUUACUGAUGUGAAUAUAACUCUUGCUCUCAUUAAAUUUAUUACAUUCAGUGCUUCUAAUAUUGAUUCCUGUCUCAGUAUUUAUAUAUCAUUAAUUAGAACUAAACUCGAAUAUGGAUCAAUGAUAUGGAAUACAAUUGGCAAAACUGACAGAGACAAAAUUGAAAAAAAAAAAAAAAAAUUAUAAAUAAAUAAAGAUUGUACGUCAAAAUAUGAAUUUUUAUAAUAAUGUAGAUUUACACUCACGUCUUGACACCCUGUUGUCUAGAAGAGAUAUUUUAGAUAUUUAUAAAGAAAAGUUAUUAAAAUAACCUAACCUCUAAUCAUCUUCUUGAAAGUACAGGUAUUAAAAUACAUUCCUUUAACUGUCUAUAUCAACCUUUGUUAUGUUCAUUAAAUUAAUCAAAUAACAAAGUUUAUAGGAUAGUCAAAAAAUUUUAAUAAGUACGUAUAACAGUUUAAUUCCUUUAAUAAAUAAAAAAUUAUCUCUUAAGAAAUUAAUAGAUCACAUUAAUUCACUAUUCUAGCUUCUUUUUAUUUUUUAUACUUUGCCUUAUUUUUUUUGUAUAGUUUUAAUUUUGGCUGAUUUGUGUACUGUUCUUUGCUGUUUAUGUCAGUUUUUGUUUUAUGUAACCUUGUUUGGAUUGUUUUUUUUUGUCUUUGUGUGUUUAUUUAUUGUAUCAAUGUGGUGCCAAACAAUUAAGGCUAAUCAUUUGCUGUUUGUAGGCAUGGUACAAUUAUUAAAUAAAAAAUUAAAAAUAUAUUUUUAUAUAUGUAUAUUAUUAGUAUAAUUACUUUAGUUGGUCUUUUGUUGAAGGAUAAGGGGAUCCUCUGCAAAGAAAAUAGUGUUGUAGGAACUGCAGAUAUUAGUACCGUGUUUUCUUGCAUAAUUUUCACACAUUUUAUACUAAAAUCAAGUUUGAAAAGUAGGGGUGCAACGAUUAUGAGGAAAAAUUUUUUUUUUGUUAGGUAAAGUUAUUCAUUAAACAAAAACUGUUCAUUAAAAGUACAUUAAAAAAAAAAAAAGUUGACUAUGCAAGAGCUAGCCAAACAAUUUAUAUUUAUAAUUUAUAAUAAAUUGGUCUAAAACAGAUAAAUUCAGAACAAUAAAAAUAGAUUAGCGAGCAUUUGUUUUAAAGGUGAUUUACUGAGAGAUAUACAAUGAAACCAUUUUUGGUACAAUUUUAGUCCAGCAGAAAGACAUUCCUUGAAUUUCAAACAUUAAAAGAUCAUUUUGUUAUGAUUUUAAUAAAUUUUGGUUAAGUAACUUAAUUCCAUGUAAUAACUUGCAUUUCAGUGCUAAAAGGGUGGGUUUACUUUAAUUUCUGUGUUUUGGCAUACUUUUCGGUGUUGUUUCGGUUUUAUUGCAGUUCACUAAAUAAUCUUGCCCCGAAUAAUAGUCAUCUGACAAAAAAAAUAAACCAAACAUGUGAAUAUUUUCUCGAUCUCUUGUGGCUGUAGAUGUUAACACACACACCUUCUGUCCGGAGAAAUGGCGGUUGCAACAGCCUGUCUGGUGUGAUGUAUGUUUCCGUUUUUAUUCGGUAGAACCCUUAUGGUCAUGAUUGCACAGAAAAACUGCAUGCCGUAUUAAGCAACUGAAGUUUCACCGCGAAAUAUCAAACGUGAAAACGUCUCGGAUGGAAGAACGAAAUGCUGUCAGGUUCUGGAAUCUGCAACAGAUGAGGUUUGAAGCUCCGUGAGUGCUCACUGUGCUGAUGAGAAUAAUUAAAAGAAGAAAUUCUGGGGCCGGACAGAGAGGCAGUGUAACUUCUUAUGCCAAUGAACAAAAGAGGAGAGGUUGAAAUUGUAUGCUUACAUGUUUAGUUCAUGUUACAGGGCAGAUGGGUUGGCAUUAUGUAAAUUUGUGUCUCCAAAACUGAACAAAGUUGUUGUACAACAACACUGUAGAAGACAAAUGUUUUAGCAGGACAUACUGCAUUAUGAAAAUUGUUAAUUUCUUAUUAAAGGCAAACUGUUAUAUACAUUUGGGAAGUGAAGUAGGCAUUUAAAUCAUGAGUAUGCGCAUCAUUCUCGCUCAAAUGACAUACAAAAAAAAUUCAUAAGUAUCAGACGUUCCUCCAUUACCAAAGUUCCUCAACCAUUAUUUACGCUAUUGUGAUUUUUUUCCCGACUCUUCUGAGAAAUAAGGGUUAACAGUAGUUUAUGUUACCUAAUUAACUAAAAGGCUGUUUUGUUUUAAUUAAAAAAUAGUGCCAUUGCUGUACAGGGUAUGGAACUUGAGGUUCUGUUUGUUAUUGAAUUAUAUAGUACUACACCGAAGUUGUUUAUUAGUCAGUCGCAACCAUCGAUAUUGGGAGCUAUCGGACAAGUUUUUCGCUGAUAAUUAGUGCGUAAGUUUUUUACCACUUUGUAUGUAUUCCCCCCUGCCCCUCAAGAUGCUAUAACUUUAAUAAUGCUUUUCUUGCUUGCAUUAUUGUGUUAUAUAUUUAUUGUGGACAAAAGCUCAAUAAACUGGAUCAUCAGCGACUGAAAGUGAUUUUGCUAAUUUUUUAUUUGGUUUUAUUGUAAUCUGUAAUUGUAAAUCUACAAUAUCAUACUACUAGUCUUUUAUAAAUAUCUGUAAAACGGUGUGUUGCUCUAAUGUUGUCUGAUGAUGGUUAGUACUAGAGUUUUAUUUCUGUGCAGUCAAUCACUGUGCUUAAUGAUUUACUCAAGAGCAUUUUAAAAUUAAAAAUGUGUGUGCGUUGAGUCCACGCGCGACAGAAGUUAAACUUCUAAUUUGCUACAGAAAGAGAAAUUAUUAGUAUUAUUUAUUGAACAAAAGAUAAUAAUUGAGAAUAGUAAAGAUGUGGGUAUGAUCUCAAAUAAAUAAAAUUGAAUAAUACUUUUCAAGUUAAUUGCACAAAAUAUAAUGUUUCUCCACAUAAAGUAAAAUAAAUAUGGGAAGGGGGGUGAUACAUUUUAUUAAAGAAUGGUAAUUGUAAUCUGGAUGAAUAAGUUUGUAAUAAAAAGUAUAAAAAACUUAGAAAUAUUGAUUGUAAAUUGGUCAUGUUUACAGAAAUAAUAUUUAAGUGCCUGGUGUUUUACCAAUAUUGCAAAUAUGUACCAUUGUUUAUAAAAAAAAUUCUAUUUAAUAAGAGUAAAAUAGUAAAUAGUUUAUUGGCAGUGAUAUCAAACUGUAUAGUAUUAAUUACUUUGGACAAUUAGCACUAAAUACAUAAUUUUACACUUUGUAUGUAAUGUGUACCUAUGUAAACUGACAUUUGAUAUCAUAAUAAAUUACUUGU